AUGGUGCAGCCCUCCCCAAGGCUGUUGGCGCGCUUGCGUUUCUCCACGAAACAAGUUGCCAGAGGUUUCUACCGUGGUACUGGCAGUGGAUCAAUGGGUGCUCAUACCGAGAAGGGCAAAUACAUCAUCGACUUUCGCAAGACCCGACACUAUAAUGUUCCGUCCCUCGAAGACUUCAGGCUCACUCCAUUCGUUUCCCUUGACAUCGAUAAGCUUGCCGAGAAGCGCCGCUACUUCAUUGACGGAACUCCUAUUACAAAAGACGGGAGCGAUGGCUUGAAGUAUUUACGAGAAUGGAGGGCCGAAAACAAACAAGAAUACGAGCACAGACAAUACCAAGAAUACCAACAAUCGCAAGAGUAUCUCAAUUCGCAGGAACCGGCGAGCCAGCAAUCCCUAGAGGGAGUUGAAAUCGAUCAGAGUCCAAGCAACGGACAGAAUGCCCAAGCCUCGAAGCCCUGA